AUGUCGAAGGUCGUUCGGAGUGUCAAGAAUGUCACCAAGGGCUAUUCCGCGGUCGAAGUCAAGGUUCGCAAUGCGACCAGCAACGACCCGUGGGGCCCCGUGGGCUCCGACAUGGCUGAGAUUGCCCAAAUCACCUUUAACAACUCCACCGACUUCUAUCAGGUCAUGGACAUGCUCGACAAGCGGCUCAACGACAAGGGCAAGAACUGGCGCCACGUGCUGAAGUCGCUCAAGGUGCUCGACUACUGCCUGCACGAGGGCUCGGAGUUGGUCGUGACAUGGGCGCGGAAAAACAUCUACAUCAUCAAGACAUUGCGCGAGUUCCAGUACAUUGACGAAGAUGGCCGUGAUGUGGGACAGAACAUUCGGAUCGCGGCUAAGGAACUCACGGCCCUAAUCAUGGACGAAGAACGACUGCGCGCCGAGCGAGCCGACCGGAAAUCGUGGAAGUCGCGCGUUACGGGCAUCGAAGAAUACGGUGGCGGACAUCACGCAGGGGCGCAUUCGGACACUCACAGGCGCCGACAGGAGCCGCGCUCGCGGAAGGAAAACGAGGAGGAUCUUGAGCUGAGGCUGGCCCUUGAAGCAAGCAAGAACGAGGCCGAAGAAGAGCGGAAGCGCCGCGAACGAAAUGCUACGACCGAUGGCGACGAUGACGAUCUCGCGAAAGCCAUCAAGCUGAGCAAAGAAGAGGAAGAGCUGCGGCGAAGGGAGCUGGAACAGAGCAACGCAGAUCUCCUCUUUAGCGACACUCCCACCACCACCCAACCGGCGGCUUACCAACCGACUGGCAACAAUCAGGGCUAUCAGCAACAGGGCGCCGUCGAUUGGUUUGGAAACCUUGUGGACCAAAACCAGCAACAGCCGCAGAACACAGGUUUUCUCAACAAUGCCUACGCUCAGCCGACAGGCAUGCAGCCGACUGGAUUCCAGAAUGGCUAUGGUGGCUACAAUGGCUUCCAGCAGCAGCCGCAGCAGCAGGCCGGUUUCGAUGCAUUCAACCAGCAGCAGCAGCAGCAACAGCAGUACAUGCAGCCUCAACAGACGGCAUUCAACAUGAACAAUCCAUACGGCCAGUUCAAUAACGGAUUCGGCGACGUGGGACAACAACAGCAGCAGCAGCAGCAGCAGCAGGAACAGAACACGCUUCAGCCCGGCAGUCACAAUCCGUGGGCCUCCAGCAAGCCCCAAGAGUCGAUUAUGCCUCAGCCUACAGGAUCCAACAACCCAUUCGCCCAAUCGUUCAACCGCCCGCAAUCUGCGCAACCACAGAGGCAGCCGACGCUCAAUACUCUCUUUGAGCAAAAGACCCAGACGCAGUUCAAUAACACAAACUUCAACCCUCCAGUGUCAAUACCUUCUCCGCAGCCCGCACAACCACAGAAGGAAAUGGACCCGCACAAGGCCCAGCUGAACUCUCUUCUCGCGAGCGGCGAAGGUCAGGAUACCUUUGGAAACGUUGGAAACCUCCGUAUCCCGGCGCAACACACUGCCCCUGGGACUUUCGUCAACUCGGCCGGCUCUGGCCUGAACAGGAUCAACGCCAACGCCACGGGCAACAACCCCUUCCUCAACUCUCAAUUCACAGGUAUGCCCCAGCAGAACCGCAUCAUGCCUGCACAAACGGGCCCCGCUGGCGGCUUUGGAGCCAACCCUUACGGCAGCGCGAAUCCCUUUGGUGGAGCUCCCCCUCAGAGCAACCGGCAGCCGGGAAGUGGCAAUCUGAUAGACUUGUGA